AUGGGUGGCACCGAGUCUGUGGAGCAGAAGGAGGAGGAGGAUGUGGAGGCGGAGCCGGCGGAGGAGGAAUUGGGCCUAAACCCAGAAGAUGUCGUCAAGAUGACCUACAGUGAGUUUAACACUGCUCUUGGUGCUGCAUGCCGGGAAAACGACCUCAAGAAGUUUCGGGCCCUGUGGGAUUUCAUCAGCCCUGUGCGCACCGAGAACCAUCCCGCCUUUGACGACAACUUGAUGGCGGAGAACUGCAUCAAGCACCUCAGAUAUGCCUUUCGUCACUCAGUGACACCGUGGCGAGAGUUGGGUGUUCUUGCCUCGGCACCGUGA